AUGGUGACGAGUUUUCUAGUCAAUAUUAUUGAAUCUGACGAAAUAAAUACAUCAGAGUACUUUUCGUAUACGCCUUACGGAGUUGGCAGGGGUAUACAAUAUGAAGGGUUGGGGCCAGUUAGAUUAAUAGGGGCUCAAUACAAUCUUGUAAUGUUUUACUCAUUAAAAGAAUAUAAUACGAAAUAUGAACUAUUGGGGGAAAAAAUUAAAAAUAUAACAAAUUUAUGUACUGACCAAAAACAUCAAGAUUUAUGUGGGAAAUAUCAAUUAGUAAUUACAGACUUAUAUAACGAAAUAACUAAGCAGAAAGAACGUACAUAUAUGUCGCUAGGAAGUACUAUGGAGGACAUUAAAAACAACAGAAAGAAAAGGGGAUUAAUAAACAUAAUAGGUAACACCAUGCAUACGUUAUUUGGCAUAUGUGAUGACAAGUGCACUAAGAAAACACAAGAAGCUAUACAAAAAACGGAAGAAUCAGGAACUAAUAUAUUACACAUAAUGACAGCUCAAACUACUGUAGUAAAAUCAACAAUAAGGAGUAUUGGUAACACAAUAAAUCAAACCGAACAAUUAUACAAUAAUAUUACGGAAAAGGAACAAAAACUAAACGAAAAAAUGUCAAAAAUACAAAACAAAACAAAUGAUAUAUUAGAUUUACUAAUGAAAAAUGAAAUACAUAAUUUAUAUACAAUAAUCAUUAAUCAAUAUUCCUACGAAACAGAAAUAUUAGGACAAAUAGUAACUGCCGCUAGAGAAGGUAUGAUACAUCCAAGUCUUAUGACACCACAAGAACUAGCAUCAACAUUAAAAGCAAUAGAACAAAAUAUAAAGAAAAUAUACAGUAUUCCGAUGGGAACAAAGAGAUAUGAAAUAAAUGAAUUUCAAAAAAUUACAAAAAUAAGAAUCUACUAUUCGAACGACAGAUUAGUAUUCGAUAUAGUAAUACCACUAAUUAUUGACACUGAACUCACAUUAUACAGGUUAACACCAGUACCAAUGCGUCAUAACCAAGAUAAUUCUAGUGGAUGGUACAUGAUGGACAUUACUUAUAAUAAUAUUGCUGUAACCAAAGGCUAUAAAAGGUUUACUACAUACACAGAUCAACAAUUAAACGAAUGUAAAGAAACAUCAAUAUACAAAAUAUGUAAUACACCACAACCUAUACAGGACAACAAUGAACGCCAACCAUGCGAAGUACAAAACUUUUAUAAAGCUGACACGUAUGCUAAUCCUGAGUUAUGUACAGUAAAGAAAAUAAAUUUAAAAAGAAGCAUAUACCAAAAAUUAAAAAGAAAAAUACAUGGAUUCACGCAGGAAAAGAGACUUUAA